AUGCUAAAAGACUGUACAUUUUGCUCUAUUUCAGUGCCUGAUGACCUCUCCAUAGAAGAAAGAGAAGAGCUUUUAAAUAUUCGUCGCAGGAAAAAAGAACUGAUUGAUGAUAUUGAGAGAUUAAAAUUUGAAAUUGCUGAGGUCAUGACAGAAAUUGAUAAUCUGACUAGUGUAGAAGAAAGCAAAACUACUCAAAGAAAUAAGCAAAUAGCCAUGGGAAGGAAGAAAUUCAACAUGGACCCUAAGAAGGGAAUACAGUUUCUGAUAGAAAAUGACCUCCUGCAGAACACCGCAGAAGACAUUGCACAGUUCCUUUAUAAAGGAGAAGGAUUAAAUAAAACGGUAAUUGGAGAUUACCUCGGUGAAAGAGAUGAAUUUAAUAUUAAAGUUCUUCAGGCUUUUGUUGAACUCCAUGAGUUCGCUGAUCUCAAUCUUGUACAAGCCUUAAGGCAGUUUCUGUGGAGCUUCAGACUCCCAGGAGAGGCUCAAAAAAUUGAUCGUAUGAUGGAAGCUUUUGCUUCACGCUAUUGCCUUUGUAACCCAGGAGUCUUCCAGUCUACAGAUACAUGCUAUGUGCUGUCAUUUGCGAUCAUUAUGUUAAAUACCAGUCUGCACAACCACAAUGUAAGAGAUAAACCAACAGUAGAGAGGUUUAUUUCAAUGAAUCGUGGAAUUAAUGAAGGCGGAGACCUUCCAGAAGAAUUGCUACGGAAUUUAUAUGAAAGUAUUAAGAAUGAGCCGUUUAAAAUUCCAGAGGAUGAUGGAAAUGAUCUAACGCAUACAUUUUUUAAUCCAGAUAGAGAAGGUUGGCUGCUGAAAUUAGGAGGGGGAAGAGUAAAAACGUGGAAACGGAGAUGGUUUAUUCUGACUGAUAAUUGCCUGUAUUACUUUGAAUACACAACAGACAAAGAACCUAGAGGAAUUAUUCCGUUAGAAAAUCUUAGCAUAAGAGAAGUUGAAGACCCUAGAAAACCAAACUGCUUUGAGCUCUAUAACCCCAGUCAUAAAGGUCAAGUAAUUAAAGCAUGUAAGACUGAAGCUGAUGGUAGAGUGGUGGAAGGCAACCAUGUAGUGUAUAGAAUAUCUGCUCCCACCCCAGAAGAAAAAGAAGAGUGGAUUAAAUCUAUCAAAGCAAGUAUCAGCAGGGAUCCCUUUUAUGAUAUGCUGGCAACAAGGAAACGAAGAAUUGCAAAUAAGAAAUAGAACAUGAUCAGCAACUUGUGUACCUGCAUCAACCUAUAAAUGAGCAUACAGUUGAGUGAUAAUGUAAAAAUUGGACAAACUGAAUGAAGACAAUAACUGUAAAUUUUAUAUAUAUACACUUUACUAUGAUAUAACAACUUGGCAAGACCUUUCAGGGUAAAUAGUUAUUGGCAUAUCAUUUGACGUAACCUUCAAAUCCCAGAUGAUUAUUAUACUGGAACUUAAUUCAACUGAAAACAUGGAAGCCUUGUUUUCACUUCUAUUAGUUAGAACUCCAGUUUAUUUGGUUUGGGAGGGAAGGAAUUCAAGGCUAAUAGUAAAAUGUCCUAUACCUGUUCUUUGAGCACAUUUCCCAUAGAAGGAGGAGUGAUUAUAGGACUUUCAUCCCUCACUAAAAUGCAGCACCAAAAGUGGAGUACAGCGUGAUCUAGCACUUAAUUUUUCUGUAAGCAGAAAACACACAUCUCACUAUCAGUUUUCAAGUCUUGUGUGUUUUGCAGUAAAUGAACAGCUGAGUAAAGCUUUUGUUUAGGAUUAUCUCUCCUACCUUUAUGGAAACAGCUUUUCUUCUUUUUCAGAACUGCAACUCAGCGGUAGACUGGCAGCUACGUAGUUAACUAGUUGUGCC